UUCAUAGAAAAUUCCAAGAUCAAGCUCUGAAAAUGAAAAAUCUUUUUCAGUCUCUGUGAUUUAUCUCCCAUCCCUCAAUUCUCCAAGAGACUUCAAGAAAGUUAAAAAAAAAAAAAAUCAAAAAAGUCUUUUCUUGAUCCCUUUUGCUUUUGUUAUACUGUUUUCUGCUGCUUCUGGGAUUUCAGAUUUGAAGACUUCCAUUUUCUUGGAUUAGGGUUUUGAUUAUUUUUGGCUUAUUGAAGAUGUGGAGUUAGUAUGUGAAGAUUGUUAUGAGGAAAAUCUAGGUUUUUAGCAGGUGGGGUUGUGGUGAAGGGACUAGGUGGGAUGAUGGAUCAAUGGGUCUUGGCGAUCUUGGGGUCUGCUUCAGUUUUUCUUUGCUUAAUUGGGCUGUUGCUGGUUCCUGUUUAUGGUAACACUGAAGGUGAUGCGUUGAAUGCACUGAAGACCACCUUGGCUGAUCCUAACAAUGUUUUACAGAGUUGGGAUCCAACCCUUGUCAAUCCUUGUACUUGGCUUCAUGUGACCUGCAACAGUGAGAAUAGCGUAACUAGAGUCGAUCUUGGAAAUGCAAAUUUGUCGGGUCAACUCGUUCCACAGCUUGGUCAACUCUCGAAUUUGCAAUACUUGGAACUUUAUAGUAAUAAUAUAAGUGGAAGAAUUCCUUAUGAACUGGGGAAUUUGACGAAUUUGGUGAGCUUGGAUCUUUACCUGAACAAGUUAGUUGGUCCAAUCCCCGACACUUUGGGCAAGCUUCAGAAACUACGUUUUCUGAGGCUUAACAAUAACAGUUUGACUGGACAAAUUCCGAUGCUUUUAACCACAGUCACUUCACUUCAAGUGCUUGAUCUGUCAAACAAUAAAUUAACAGGACCUGUUCCAGUCAAUGGUUCCUUCUCGCUUUUUACUCCUAUCAGUUUUGCUAAUAACCCAUUGGAUAUUCCUCCAGCUUCUCCACCUCCUCCUAUUUCUCCAACACCCACUUCUUCAGGUUGUAUAAAUAGAUUAGACUUAUAAAUUGAAGAGUGGAUAGAAGUAUCCUACAUCAGAAAAUGCAACUGUAUGCAUUGGAUAUUGCGACUAUAAAAGGACCCAGACUUCAGAAUUUAUUGUCAUGCAUUCUCUCAAUUCUUUUCCCAUGUCUCUUAUUUCUGACAUGGUAUCAGAACUUUGGUGAGAGAUUAGUUUCAGUGCAUUUACCAGCAACAUGCGGGAGAAAAAUCUCCUUGCUGUGCAAUUCCCAUUGACCAUGAAUGCUGUCAAAAUGUAUCCUUGCCGUUUCUGCGUACUGUAAAUAAACCAACACCACAAAAGGCCGAAUAACAAACAUGUACCUGAUUGUUUUACAUAAACUGAAGGACCUUAACCUACAAGAGCAUCUAUUUUAGCAAUGUAAGGCUCCAUCACGACUGGACGACCAGAGACAACGACUACAACACACUUCACUGCUCCACAGACGUUAUUGAUGGUGCUAGGACCGGGUUCAGAUAUUGUAAGGUUUGAGCUAUCGCCAAACAUCUCUGCGUAUGGGACUUCACCCACGACUACAAUGGCGUAGGAGAAUUUGUUGGACUUAACAAAGUUGACGUCCGGGUUCUGUUGGUAGACUACUUGUGUAUAAGGAUCAACUGUUUUCUUGAUAGCAGAUAAAAUAGUGGUUCCUGUCAAGUUAUAUGGAACACGUAUCAGAACCGGAAGAUGAUGUGUUGUGUGAGAAGGAGUGACAGUAUUGUAAAACAAUCCGUAUGAUUGAUGGUUGAUAUACAAAAAGUAUAUAUUUUUAUAUAAAAUAGUGUAUAAUUUUAUAGCUAACAAAUAUAAUUAUUUUGAUCGA